AUGGUAAAAGCAUAUAGACAGGAACACGUCUACAAGCACCCUUGGGAACGUGUAACUUGUGCAUCUUGGCGCAAGUUUGCUGAUCCUGAGAACAAACGCAUAUUAUCCCAUAUUCUUGAUGUUGACACAUUGAACCAUAGUAUUGACCCUUCAUCAGGGAAGCUUUACACAACUCGUGCCAUCACGAUCCAUUGUCCUGGACCGUGGUUUGUUCGCAGAAUUGUUGGUCAGGAUAUUUGUCACUGUGUGGAAUCCACUGUUGUGGAUGCACAGUCGCGCUCCAUGCAACUAACCUCCCGGAAUAUCAGCCUCCGGAAGUUCAUAGAAGUGGAAGAGAAGAUCCGGUAUGAUCCACAUCCGGAUAACCCAACCUGUUGGACGGUUUGCCAGCAGGAGACUAGUAUCAGGAUUAAGCCAUUGUCGGCUCUGGCAUCCAUGGCUGAAAAGGUGGAGCAGCGAUGUGCUGAAAGGUUUCUUCAGAAUAGUGUCAAGGGUAGAGAGGUAAUGGAGAGGAUAUGUAAAUAUCUUGAAGCAGAAUCUAGUGGUCUGGCCUUGUGA